UUGUGUCGCCCAAAAGUUUUAAAGGACAGUUCAGUCGUCCUCGGUUCAUUGCAGCAGCAGAUUUGCAUGAAAUAAGCAGGUUAGAUGGAUGCAGUGAGAUUCAGCAUUUUACUGCUUCUACUGUGGUUUGGCUGCCGACUGGACUCUACAGCACCUCUUGUAAAAACAAUCGGAAAAGAAUCUGAUUUUACUCCAAUCUGCACCAAUGAAACGUCAAACAUCAUCAUGAUGAUUGUGUGUAAAAUCAGAACAGAGAGGAACAAUGGAGAGGAGUGCAAUCUGCUGUAUAAGGAUGGAGGUGACUUUGUUCAUGAGUGUGACUCCAGAUUCUCACUAAAAACCAGGAAUCAAACUGUGUUUCUGCACCUGACCAGUUUAACAGCAGCUGAUAGUGGGAACUACUCCUGUCAGUGUUCAAAUCUUAAUGGAACGCAUUUUCUCCAUCUCAGCAUCACAGUUAAUGAAUCAAAUCCUAAUAAUUCAUCAGAAGAAGUUUGGAGCCAGUCUGUAGCAGUGACUCGUCUUUCUGCUUUGACUGCUGCAGUUCUCUUCUUUUUCAUAGUUUCAGUUAUUCUCGUGUUUAUUCACAGAAGACGUUCACAUCGAAAGCAACUGGAGUCAUGCAUUCAUCAUGAAGAGGAGGACUCGACUGAAAUUGAGCCGUACAGCUCCUACACUCAGAAGAAAAAUUCUCUUUAUUCAACAGCCAUUAUUGCACAGCUGUCAAAUUAAUUCUGACUCCACAAAUGUUUAACAAAUUUACCAUCAUAAUUCUUGGGAUUUUUUUUCUGGAGUAUUUCAGAUCAUUUCCGUCUGAUUUAUUUAUGUCCAACAGGUCUUGACACAUUGGGUUCAUUUCCCAGUGUUCAUUAUAAGUUCCUUUGAUAAAGACAUGUUCAUGUGUUCAUAUAAUAAAUGGAUAUAUAUGUACAUCCAUUAACAUGUUUCAGAGAUCUCAGCAGCAUGUUGGUUUAGCAUAAAUGUACAAAUCAACAAAGCAAACACAAAGGAAAGUUAUCAUUUUUGGUGAUUUAUUAAAAGAAAAAAAAGUACAUUUGUUAAUAUUUGUGUUGUGUAAAAAUAGGUUUGAGUAAACAUUUAACAUUG